CAUUGGAGGGGAAACCAGAAAAAAGGGUAGGGGAAGACCUAGAAAGACUGAUAAUGUGAACAAAUUCAUUGUCAAUCCAGAGCGGAAUGAAGAAGAGUUUACAUCAGCUGAUGAUGCGCUGAAUAGUUUAGCUGCUGAAGCAGUUUCUGAAAAAUUUUGGAAGAAGCUGAUGAUACGCUGAAUAGUUUAGCUGUUGAACCAGUUUCUGAAGCAGUUUCUAAAAAAGCUGAUGAUGCGCUGAAUAAUUUAGCUGGUGAAUCAGUUUCUACAAAAGAUGAUGAUGAUGUAAAAGCUGGUGAUGAUGCGCAUGAGAUAAUUGAUGGAAAACCUGAUGGUGAUGAUGAGCAGAAGAAACUUGAUGGAAAAGCUGAUGGUGAUGAUGCGGAGAAGAAACUUGAUGGAAAAGACAAUAAUGAUGAAGAAGUACAAGAGUCCACACUUGAUGUUCUAGCGGACGACAUGAGCAUGAUACCUGAGUCUGAUGUUGAUGCGGAUGGACAAAUAAGGCUUAAAUUGAUAAGUGAUUUCAGGAAUAAGAGUGUUAAGUUAAAAGAAAAUGGGACUGAUAUGAUUAAACUAAAAGAUAAGCCACCAGGUGUUUUUCCUCAUAUUGGAGAUGACGGAUUGAAGUGCAUGAGGAAGAACUGUGAACCUUUACCUGGAAUAUAUGAUCCUAUGUCACCUGUUGAUCCGGUUAGAUUUAAGAAACUGAAGGAACUCGUAUCAGGAAUGAAGAUCAAAUUGGGAAAGAAGAAUGACGACCCUCGUGAGUUCUAUAGGGUCAUGAUUACCCCGAGAAAUAUUUGGCCACACACGGAGUAUGGAUGGCUGGACGAAACUCAUAUCAAUGCCUACAUGAGAGUUCUCAGACGUAGGUUGAUUACAAAACCAUGCCCAUAUCAUAGCGAAGGCAUUGCGUUUGUAGAUCCGUACUUCUCCACUCAUAUGAUCAGAGAUUAUCCUCAGUUCAAAAUGAGACCUAAGAACUUCAAGUUUAAUGGGUUAAACUAUGAAUCUGUAGUCAGAGGUUUGUAUCCCGACGAUCAAAAGACUGGUAAGAUAUGGGCGCUAGAUGUUUGGCAUGUGUAUUUUGUUGUACACACCAGAGGUGAUCAUUGGUUGGCGCUGGACGUGGACAUGAUGCGUGGGCACAUUGAUUGCUACGAUAGCAUUGUGGGAACAGUGACUGAGGAGAAGAGAUUACGAAUUCUUGAAACGGUUAAGCCGUUUAGGAUAAUGAUUCCGUACAUGCUGAACGAUAUAAUCCAUCCCUCCCAACGAUCCCCUAGCUAGAAGCAGUUUACUUUCAGAUGGAAGAGUCCAAAUAAUGUGCCUCAAAACGAUAUACUAGCGGAGGAACCUGAAUUUUAUAAGGGAUUUAUUAACUAAGCAGGCAGAGAAUAUGAAAUUUUAUGUUUUAAUUCUAGGAAUGUUUAUUUUGUGGACAUUUGAUAUAACUCAGCCAUUACGCAUUAUUAGUAAUUCAAUUAA